AUGGCUAACCCGCGAACAGUCAUUAACCCAUUUACCAAGAAUGAACACCGCAUGCGACGAAACACGAGGGGUACGAAAUGGGUCACAGCUGGCCCUUUGACGGUAGUCAAACAGGACCUUGACACUGAGCAGCGGCCAACACAGCCCAACCAUUACAAGUUCAGUUUACUCAGCGACUCAAAUGACGGGCCCACCGAGACGCGUGUGUCGUCAUCGAUAAGACACGAGACAAAACCACCAUCACUAUCUUCAAAGCCUUCUGCAACCAAUACGAAGGUAUCAUACCAGGAAAGCCCUGUAGUAGCACCAAGACUUCUCGACUUCUCGAAGCUUGAACAGACCUGGAAGAUGUCAGACUCGGCCGUCCUUCCUCGCUGUUCAGCGUCAACAGUACGGCCUGAGCAAGGAACAAAGCGCAUGCGGAAGAACCAGAUUUUGGAUAAACCAUCUGAUGCUGAUGAAGCUACAAUCCGGAAGCAAAAACGUGAACAGAAGCAAGUUAUUUCUGGUCCGACUCAUUGGUACCGCACAGCUAAGAACAUCUACACUGCAGGCCCAAAGGGUGAGGGACAGAAGGUUUGGGAAGCGUACCAGCAGAAACUUGGCCAUAAGAAAGCUGGUAUUGAACCCUCUGAUAUGAAGCCUCCCGAAACAAUGGCGAAGAACGUGGUGGAAUUGGCGGACCUACAGCUGAACUUCCCCUUCCCGUAA